UGAUUAUUUCAUUUUCUUGAUUCAGCAGCACUUUUGUAUCUUGCAGAACUAAGUUGUUCUAAUAACACGCGCCUAUCGAAGACUGAGAAGCUUUUUGAAAUUGCUUAGCUGAAAAGAGAAUACUUUUCUUUAAAAGCAGUUUGAGGUGCAAAAUUUUCCAGAAAUGAAGCUGCUUCUACCAUUUAUGUCUUGCGUCAUUGUGUGCUGGAGCUUACAGGUUGCAAGAAAUCUAGAAAACGUCGUCUCUAACCAAACAGCCAGGCUAACAAAUGUUACUGUGAAUCAAACAGUGAAUUCAUCGGUAAUAACAUCUCUGGGUAUUGCUACAAAUACUACCUCCUUCAACAACAACAAUACCCUUCAAAAUACGGUAGAAAACGCAACAGAUAUCAAUUUGGUGGCUUCUUUACCAAACAUCACAAACUUUGAUGUAAACCUGAGGAAUGGUACGUCGGGGAGUAGAAACCUGAGCAACAUCUUGGAUAUCACCAAUGUCAAUAUAAAUAAGUCGCAAUUGCCAAGUUCUAAAGAUAGUCAAGUUGAGGAAAUUUUAUCCCAUGUUGGACCUGGUGAUAAAUCUACUAUAAAAUACGAAGCACGUUUGCUUCGAGACAUCAUGGGCAAUUACAGCGCUGGAAUGCGACCCGUGCAAUCAUCUAAAGUCCCUGCAAAAAUCAAUUUUGACAUGAGGCUGGGCAAACUUGUUGAUUUGGACACCAAAAGCCAGGUUCUUGUGAUAGAUGCGUUCGUAAUCAUGCGCUGGGUCGACCCUCAGCUGCAAUGGAAUCCACGAAAUUACAAUGGAACUGACAUUGUAAAUAUUCCAAGUUCGAAAGUUUGGACUCCUGAUAUUGUCCUUUACAACAAUGCUGUUAACAUCGGGAAAGCCCACACUGACAUUUACAGUGCACCCGUGGUUGUAUUGUCCAAUGGAAGCAUAGUUUGGACCAAUGCUGUCACUCUCAAAGCAUCAUGUGACAUCGCAAUCAAGCAAUUUCCUUUUGAUACCCAGGAAUGCCCCAUGACAUUCGGAUCCUGGUCGUACUCUGCCUCCCGUCUGAGAAUUGGGUUCAUCAGUAGGCCACAAAGCAAGGCUGACUUGUCACAGUCAAAUGGCUACGUCACAAACGGAGUCUGGGAGUUGAUAGACGCCAAUUCAACUUUGUCAACCAGAAGAUAUUCCUGCUGUGCAGAGCCGUUUUCGCAAGUAGAAUAUAAAUUCACAUUGAAACGACGUCCUACUUUUUUUCUUCUUUAUCUCGUCUUUCCUUGCAUGGCAAUAUGCUCCCUUUCAUUGGUAUCAUAUGUCAUACCUCCAGAGGCUGGCGAGAGGAUUGGUUAUGGGGUGACGGUAAUGCUAAGCUUCAGCGUUUAUCUCAUUGUCAUAUCGGACAAGCUGCCUGAGAAUUCUGACACAACUCCACUUCUUGGAAUUCUGUAUGUUGUUUCCUUUUAUUUGUUGGUGUUUUCGUUCGUUGCCUCUACGUUCAACAUUCGGCUGUAUUAUGCUAAAACUCGGCCACCCCAGUGGCUUGUGACUUUGGCCAAAGGCUCAAAGAGAACAUGCACGAUUUCAUUUAGAAAGAAGCAGAAGAUUGGAGAUUUGUCGACAAAGGUAGAUUUACGACCGGCUGAAAAGGGUGGCCAUGAAAUAAAAGGGAAAGGAGCUGUUGAUGCAGAUUUUGAAAGCAGUGGCGAAGCGGAGGCUUCUUCUGAAAAGAUGGAGAACAAGGAAGAUUUGUACCAAGAACAGUGGAGAGAAAUUUCAGCUUUCUUGGAUAACGUAUUUUUCAUGAUUGUUGCGUUUGGUAUAAUUGCCACUCCAGUUAUAGUUACUUUUAUGUUCUAGAAGCACUUUUAAGAUAUAUCUAUUGUAAAAUAAAUGUUUAGGACGAACAUUUGAUCUACACUGUAAUGUGGGUAUAGGGGAGAUUCGGCUGGAUUGACUCAUUACAACUGGCUUGUGUACUGUAAAAUAUACACGAUAAACACAUAAUGAUAAAAUCAUUCCAUACUGCCGACAAAGCCCGGAAAGAAGCUAUUUAAAUGUGUAAGCAAGGGGUGCCUGGAAAGGGGUUCGGCGCUUUAGCCCCCUUGGGAGACUUCUGGGGGCUCAGCUCCCCUUAACAAGCGAUCACAUGUUUGGUUUGACGCCGAUCCUUUAGCAUACUUCCGUGAAUGAGAAAUUUCCUAUAAUUCUUUUGAUUCAGAUAAUAAUUUAAAUGAUUUCAUAUACACAACAGAGAAUCUUUUACACUAACUUUAGUGUAUUGGGUAUAGUUAUGGAUGUGGCUUCUAUAAGUUGCCUACAAAAAGCCCCCCUCCCCCUCAUUCUAACAUUUUAGGACGGCAUCUCUGUGGGUCUUGAAACAUCAAGUGUUACAUUUACAAGGUUUCUCCCUCAUCGUAAAAGUAGGCUUUGUGUUAUCGAAUGCUUGAUGCAUGAAAAAAUAAAGUACAAUCAAUUUUUAACAGUGAAAGAAAAUAUCCUUGCCCCACAGUGGUGUCGCCACAGGGUGUACUCGUGUGGACAUGUCCACCCCCAGUUUUCUCAGAAGUCAAUUUUCUAAUUUCUCGAAAUCCGUUGAAAAACCUUGGGGUUAGCUGAUCAGAUCGAUUUCAAUUUUCGCACUCACUGGCAAAAAAGCCACCUUUACAGAUCAAAUGGAUCUAACAGAUAGAGAAUAGAUCAAAAUAGAUCAAAAAUACUAAAAGGAAUGAUUUUCCAAGAGUCUGAAGGGUGUGGUCGAGAAAAUUUGUUUUCGUCCGCCCAAGUUUUUUCAAGCUGGUGACGCCACUGUUGCCCCAUUCUUUAUAUUAUUCCAUUUUCUUGAUUUGAUAUCAAAAGUUUACUCUAGAAUAAAGGAGGGAUUUUUCUCCGGGUAUAAGAAAAGUUGUUAAUGCGUGUAAAUGCGUGACGUAAUAAUAAAGGAUAUGAUUGCACCUUUGGCUUGUUUUUCAGAUUUCCUUUGAUUAACAUAAAUCUAUGUGAAACUAUUUGAAUAUUAAAGUUAUGAAGUAUAUUGAUGUAAUGAAGAUCACUUUUUACUAAUCCGUGGUCCUAAGUUGCUACUAAGAGCGAUAAAGCUGUAAUCUUGUUAUCAUUAGUUUCGCAGUUAUUGCGAUCACCGGUGCUGUAACUAUAGAUGUGAUUAUUGUAACUAUCUCAAAUUAAUUGCAACAUAUGGAUCGAAACUAAAAGCAACAUAAAUGUAUUGCUAUUUAAACACUAACAGAGUAUGUAAAAAUAUUUCACCAUAUGCACGAUGUAUUAAGCUGUGUGUCGAUGUUGAAUAUCUUUUACCCUUGUGUUAAUAAUUCACUGAGUUGUAUCUUAUGCAAGCUGCAUUUGUUCAAAAUCUUGAUUGACUGAGUUUGAUCACAUGCAGAUCUUUUUUAUCAUUUUGAACAAUAGCAGGCUAAAAUGUGAAUUCCAGUAUCCAAGUUUAUAACUUUUUAUCGUUAGAAAAUUUUGGAGGUUGGAAAACCAGGUCAGUAAAGACAAUCUCUAUUUCUGAUUUUUUUCAGAAAAAAAAAUCAAAUAAUUCGAUUGCCAGAUUAUUCAAUUUUUUCUAAUUCGAAUAAAAAGAUUUCCCUUCAAAAUUGUUCCUGUUUAAACUAUCUUUGUUCAUUAUACUUUCGAUAACUCCACACAUAAAUGAGAUCGUGACCAAGGCUGGAGGGGGGGGGGGGUGUAGGCAAAAAUGAAAACUUUUCAUAUUCGGUUCCAGACAAUCGACCCCUUUUUAAGACUCCAAUGCCAAAUUCGUUCAAAAAAGAUGCAAUAGCACUGAACGAACCAGUUCAUGGAAAUUAAAAUAAAGUGUCUUUUCAGAAUCGAACUUACUGGCCAAAUUUACACUGCAUAACUAUAAAGCCAACACUGCAUAAAGCUAUACCCUUCUUGGUUCAUGUAGAAGUGGGGGGUAUGUUAUCUACUUUAGGCAUUCGCAUUGCAACCUACUACAACAACGCAACAUGAGUACAGAAUUGCAAAAAGCUUUUGACCUUCCUCCAGACCUGUCAUCUGUCGCCUCGACCUUUCUUAAUUUAAAGCGAUAGGAAAGUACUGAAAGCAGAAACAGCUGAGACGUGUUUUACUGUAAAAGCUCUAUUAAGCCCCUGGGGGGCUUAUUUGUUUUUUUUCAAUUCUAGAGGGGGACUUAAAAGAGAGGGAGCUUAUUAGAGAGAAGGGGCUUAUUAUAAAUUUGAAGUAGAAAAUGUUUUAAAAAUGCCCUUGUCUUUUUUUGUUAUAAAAUGUAAUACAAAUGUUCCCAAAAAACUUUGCUAGCAGCUUCGAAAGUCUAAUUAAUCAAUUAUAAAAUCUUCAUCGGAAUGACCAGGAUCAAUUGAUAACCCUGGGAAAUUUUCUAAACAAAUCUCGCUUGACUUUUUAGGAGCACAAGCAAAUCUUUACAUGGGCCGUAUUUAAUGCAUACGAUCUUAUUAUCAUCACACCCACUAAAUGCGCAUGUUUUUCUUGUCUGACAACAAGGUCUAAAGAGGAGGGGGCUUAAUAGAGAGUGGGGGUUUAUUAAAAGUUUUUGCUUGAUAAGAAGGGGCUUGAUAGAGAGGGGGCUUAAUACUUUCUGACCAUGAAAUCGCAUCAUAUUAUCAAAAUAUUUUUCUUUGGAAGGAUCAAUAGAAUAUAUUUCUUCAAACAUCUAAGACUUAAUUGAUGGUCACAAACCGAUAUUAUCGUGCUAAUAUGUCAAUUUUUUACAGGUGUAUUUCCUACCGCCGGUACGUUAUAAAGAAAUUGCACUUCCAUUCUAUACAAUUUUUUACUGAAUCGAAAUUUUACAUCGUGAUAUUGCAAUACCCUUAAAAAUAAUAGCUCAAACUGGCAAAUCUACUAACUAAAAUGGGAUAUUUAAUUGAGGAGAUACCAAACUGCUUGUCUUUCACAUAAAAACUACCCCUCAAACUCUGUGAUCUAACUCCCCUAUAUCUGGUCAAUGCACUGUCAAUGCCUACUUUUAGCAACGUCAAAUCUGGUGUACUGUGUGUUGAAAUGUAUGAAACAUAAAUAAAUAAUCAAGAUAGCAAUAUUUUAUAAAGAUAUUGAAUAUAACAUACGUGCUUAUCGAAAAUUAUGAUAGACACUUGGAUGAAUGGUAUAUGCACAUGUAUUUUUUCGGCCAAAGCUACUCAUGCUGGCCUUAUUAAUUAGAUCUAUUUAUCUUGUUGAUUUCCCCGCAUUUCAGCGUGGUAAUUGGUUUUGUUUAAUAAAAAGAGAUAGGCAGUCCUUA